AUGGUAAGUCGUGAUCGCACGAGAAUUCUAUCGAUGCAUGAGUCUGUUCAACGGAAACUGCUUCCACUGCCGAUCGUCCGGGCGCCAAGCUUAGACUUCUGCCGUUUGUGGAAGUGGUGUACUGUGUUGCGUGUUGCCUCUUGCGUGGUACGUGGUACCCGCCGCAACUGCCUGGAUCCGAGUCCCGCCCCUAGCGAUGGCAGAAGUGCAUUCAUCUUUACCGAGACUCUUCAGCUUAUGUUCGCAAGACUUCCAAACGGAAGCUCAGUCAUGCUUCGACCCAGUUGCGAGACGCCUGAAGGCCCCCUGACGCCCCAUACUUCGGCUCUGGAACGGGUCUGGCAAACAGAUCACAUGACUCGAGCUCUUUUCAUCUAUCUCUUCACAGCUCCAGCUCUACUUCAGUCUAUAUCUUUCUGCCUAUCUAUCCAUCCAUCGGUGUUUCUUUCCCUUUCUCUGGCUCGUUUCCGUCUGAGUGGGAUAUCAUAUUUUGCCUCAUCGGGUGGAUGCGAUGACGCGAAGCGCUGUCGUAGUGUCCACUGGACUGCACGUGGUACCACACUCGGUCGUGCUCAGUUGUCGGCUUUGAUGCAACGCGACCUGCUUGCUUGUGAUCCCAAAGCGGCCAGCCCCGUCGACGUCCGGCCUUGUCGAGCACUAAACGCUCCGAUGACUGGAUCCAGUGACGACUCGACCGCCUUCAUCUUUGUUCACAACACUCGGUGGCCAGUCCUGCCUUGGUCUGCCCACGUUGAGGCCAUCCGAGAUGGGGAAAGAUUUUCCGUCUACCUCGAGCCGAGUGCCUUCAUUAUUGCGGCCAAUUUGGGAGGUGGUAUGCCAACUGGCACAGCCAUUGGGCAUAAGGAGGGUCUCAAGUUUAGCUGCCAUAGAUCUACCGGAAGGUGUAGUUGCCCAUAG